AUGGCCGUUUUAAGUAAUGUAUGCGGGGCAACCAUGGACUCUGAGCGAAGAAACAGUGCUGCUCAAUCAUCAUUACCAACUUGGGGACGUCAUCGAGCGGUAAUUCAAUUUUUUAUAUUACUUUAUCAUUUUCUUGUCUUCAGUGGUCCGUUAAGCACAGUUUAUCGUGCUGUACAUCGUAUAACUUCGAAACUUUAUUCAGUAAAAAGCAUCGACUUACAAAAAUAUUCUGCCACUUCAGGAUUAACCCGAACAGACGUGGAUAAUGAAAUUGAGAUUUGUGCUGUGUUGAAACAUCCUUUCUUGUGUGAAUUAAAAGAUGUGAUAGCUGGAGAAAAAGCUGUUCAUAUGGUUUUUGAAUUUCUCGAUGGUGAUGACAUAUGCUUUGAAAUUGUUAAGCGAGCCAGUGCUGGUUUUGUUUAUAGUGAAGCUGUUGCCAGUCAUUACAUGAGACAAUUAAUGCAAGCGCUAGAAUACAUGCAUGGCCAAGGGAUUAUCCAUCGCGAUAUUCGACCGCACAAUGUUGUUCUUGCAAGUAAAGAUAAUUCAGCACCUCUAAAACUGACUGGUUUUGGUGUUUCUUUGAAGUUGCCUGCCCCAGCUGCAACUGUUCGAGCUGGUCGUGUGGGAGUAUCCUAUUUUAUGGCUCCCGAGGUCGUAAGUGAUGUGGAAUACGGCACAAAAGCGGAUAUGUGGAGCGCUGGUGUAUUACUUUACAUACUUCUUUGUGGACGUUUGCCAUUUGUUGGCACUCGACAAGGAAUAUAUGAAGGUAUCAGCGAGGGGAGAUAUUCACAUCACGGGGGUACUUGGCAACAAAUUAGCGAUUCGGCGAAGGAUUUGCUGAUCAGAUUGCUCACCGUAAAUCCAAACAACAGGAUAUCUGCAGAAGGUGCCUUAAAUCAUGAAUGGUUACGUGAACGUAGUCGUUUUGCUCCUCGUAAACAUUUGCAAAGUACUGUAGAACAAAUUCGAAGGUAUAAUGCACGUAGAAAAUUGAAAAGCGAUAUAUUAUCGGCCGUAAACAACAAAAAGUGGGCAGAAGGGUGCGGUUGUUCGACUGAUACAGACACAAGUGCUGUCGCAAUUACAGCACAUUCAGAUUCUGUGGUCAGUGGUGAUCUGUUACCAGGAGGUGACACAUGUGACGCGGAUGGUUGUACAAGACGUGGUCCGGAGCGAGUAAUACCUAAGGAUUUGUUCGGUGUCGAAAAGAUUUUGUUAUCACUGGAUCAGAUAGCUGCGCUUGUAGAUGCACCAUUCACUUCCGAAACUAUGGAUCCAUUUCUGAUAAAUUUAUCGCUGGAAAAUACCGAUCUAAAAACAUUACUGAUGGUAAGUUAA